AUGUCCAGAAUGCCCUGCGACGAAGGUCCAAUGUCAAUGGAUCGAAAUUUUGGGCUGGAUUUGGCUGAGCAAAGAGGCUCAUCUCGGUUGCAAGAGUCAUUGCAGAACCCGAGAGCUGCCAUAAAUUGCCCGCUUUGGGAACUAGUAAUGUGUAUUGCAAAAGGAGCAAUACGUUCUGUAGCUUUUUCAACCCUUCAGCAUCGCCAAUGGCACGACUCAGCGUCCUGCUGGCAGCUUUCCAGAAAGCUCUGGAAACAUGGCCGAGUUCAGAUGUGGUCAAACGAGGCCGACUUAAGGACGCCAAAGCAAUUGCAAAGACCAUAUUCAAUUGAAAAAACUCUAGAACUGUCGCCUGUUUGGGCUGUUUUUGACAUCUUUUUACCAAGUCAUAAAACUCAUAUUCGUGCAACACGGGAUAUGCACUAUUCAUCCAAACGAAAUAUCUUUUCGAUAAUCGUAGCAACAUGGAAGUCUUGUAGGCUGUGA